ACUCUUGUACACGAUGAUGGAACGCCUAUAUUUAAAAUAAAAAUAAGCCGUGUUGAUAAACUAUACAUGCCCAUUUAUCGUGUUUAAACCUGCGAAAAAGUAAACAAAGUCUAGAUAAAAAACUUACAUUUAACCGGGGACGAUAAAAUUACCGCUCAUGAAAUUGACGGUACAAAUUCUGCUUCACAAUGUCGGCGCAUCUGCAAUGGAUGAUUAUCAGGAAUAAUUCCUGUCAUCUGAUCAAACGAAAUGAUAUGCAGUUCACCAAGGAACAAAACAACCUGAGGAAUAAGAACAGUUUCAGAUACAAUGGUUUAAUCCACAAGAAAACUGUUGGAGUUGAAGCCGAUCCAAAUGGAAAGGGGGUUGUUUUGGUUACCAAGAAGCCAAAGAUGGUCAACAAGCCAGGCCAAUCUGAGAACCGCACAACAUUAACCAAGGGCGGGCGUAGAACCAUUCGUACCAUCAAGAGAACAAUCCGUAAGAACAGUUACAGAAAGGAUCUACGUAUGGCUGCCAUUCGUCGUGCCUGUGCUAUCAUGAAGAGCCAAAAGGCAGCAAAAUAAACCAUCAAUACAUAUAAGUUUGUUUGAA